AUGCGCAUGCUCAGCCCACCACCAGACAAUCCAUACUCACCGGUUCAUCGUGGUCCCGGUCCCGGUCAGUGCAGCAGUAUCCACGGCAGCAUUGGCGAUCCGGAUGGCAUCGUCUGCCUCGUUCGCGGUAGAAGCGAUAGCCUCCGUCGCAGCGGUGGCACUCGUGCCGGCGCCCGUACCGCUGGAUUGAGUAGCACUCCUGGCCAGCAACCAGUGGGAUGA